UCUGGCCACAACCGUCAUAACGCACGGACAUGCGUUAACGACGUUAAUAAGCCCUGCGUUAAGCUGUUCGGCGUUAACAUAUCGGAUCCCAAGCCAAACGUAACGGCGUUAAGAAAGAGCGUCAGUUUGGGAAACCUACAGUCUCUCCCCGGUAACGCCGCCGCCGCCGCCGCAGAGGAUUCCAGUCUCGCCGGUAACGCCGCCGCCGCCGUAGAGGAUUCCGGUUAUCUCUCGGACAGCCUGAUUUCUUCUAAGAAGCGGAAAGCCGCUCAUGAAAAGAAAAAGGGAAAGCCUUGGACGGUAGAGGAGCACCGGACGUUCUUAGCCGGUCUGAAGAAGCUCGGAAGAAGCAAUUGGAGUGACAUUUCUAAGAAAUUCGUGACCACGAGGACCCCGGCCCAGGUGGCUAGCCACGCCCAGAAGUAUUUCAUCCGACAGAACAUCAACGGCAACAGAAAACGACGGGCCAGCCUCUUCGACAUGCCCCUUAACGACCACGAGGAAGAUGACAGCCCUCAACAACCUUCGACGGAUGCACCUGCACCAUCGAAGACUCUCGCUGAGACUGAUACCACCCCUUCGGUUAAACCGACAAUCUUACCGAGAGAACCGGUUCAGGAUAUUGCAAGAUACGAUAUUUUGAAUCCCUUUCAGAAUCUAAGUAUGGAAUACGGACGAAUCUACCAAACAAUACCACAUGACUACUAUGCUCCUCCGUAUCUCGUAUUUCCUCAAAUGUUUCAUUCCGCCAAAGCUGGGGGCUUUCAGACGGUUCACCCGUCCGGUAUACCGGCUCCGAGGCAUAUACCGACCGGUAUGCCUCCACCUUAGGCGGACCGAGCUUCCGAUUUUACCCAAAAAGCCGGUUAAGAACUUCAGAUACAUGGGACAGCCAAGAUCCCCCCGGGAGGAACCAAUUAACGCUUUUUCACUUAAUAUUUUCUCUUGGAAUCGGUUUAUAUUUCUGUAAUUGAUUAGUUAUAUAUAUAUAUACACCAAAGUUUUGUCCCGUC